AUGAUUUUCUUAUUUAUUUACUUCUACAGCAUCAUUACAGCUUUCUCCAUUGAUCAAUCUUAUUAAACAUUCUGCUUUGAUCCUAUAUCAGCAAUUGCAGGUGGUACAUCAGGAAGCACUGUAUUUAAAGUGAUGGACUAAGAUAUAUAUGAUAACACUGCUAUAGGGGGAUACAGUUCAGAUUACUCAUUAGUUUCUUAUCAAAAUAUGCCCAAUCCAUUAGUGGUUUAUGUACUAUCAAGUGGGUCAAUUAAGUGGAUAAUGAGUCUAGAUUCAUCAUAUAAUGAAAUUACUGCAAUUGGUAUAUCAUCGGAUAACUUGAAAAUCAUUGCUGCCUUAGAUACACAAUAAGGAUAGAACUUAGCAUUAACUGUACUAUAAGUAUCAGAUGGAUCCCAUCUAGGAACAUAUUAGUUUGCUGCUUCAGGCCAUAUAUAUCCAUAAGGGAUAUUUAGUUCAUUUACUUUAUCUUUAGCUGCGUAGUACAAUGGAAAAUGGGCUUAUAUCAAACUUUCUUCAUCAAUGGCUACUUCAUCUAGUUUUAAGAUCCUUGGAGAUACUGGAAGUUCUGCAAGAGGAAUCUAUGAUUUCUUUGACAAAGAUAUCAACUUGAGAUAUUAUGUUUAUGGAAUUGUUGUAACUUCUACAUAGACUUAUUCUAGUAUCCAUUUGUUCGAUCAAAGUUCUAAUUAGCUUGGGAGUUUUUCCUAUGCUUAAGGUCUUUAACCAUCAUCAUACUAUACGAUUGAUCGCUUGGAAUAAUAUUAGUUAUUAACCGGAGAUAAGCCUAGGUACUUAAUGACUUGUGGGGAUAAAACUGAUGGUUCUUCAGUUAUUACACUAACUGAUGCAUAAUCUUGCAUUUAAAUUGAUCCAAUGGAUGAAAAUAAUGUAUACUUCUUGCUUUACAAGCCAGGGAAAAUACUUCUUGGAUACCUUGAUUAUUUCGAAUAAAAUGCAAAAAUUUAUUACUACAAAGUCGCUAUCUUAUCUGCUGACUCAGGCAAUGUUCUCUAUCAUGGUAAAAGUCAAUAUGGCGGAGAUUUUUAUUUCGUAGGCUCAGUUAAAACUAUCAAUACUAGUCCAGUCAAAGAUUAUACAGCUUCAAAUGAUAUAUCAAUAGGACUUUUUAUGCUAUCUGGAACUACUUCGAGUGGAAUAGCAUCAACAAGCACAUUGUUGUCAGCGUUAUUUAUUGCUUAAACAGCUUUGUCUUUGAUUUCUGUAUCCAACUCAGCUACCACUGCAAUGAAUAUGAUAACAUAGGUAGAUACUGUACCUGUUUAUGUAAUAGCAUCGACUCUUCCAGACAGAGUCUAUACUAUAGCCUAAUCCUCACAAUAAUAUUCAUUUCUAAGUUACUUUACAGUUAAUGGAGCUUCAUGUUCGGAUGCAUAAUAUACUUAUGAAAUCAUUGGUACUCUGCCUAGUUUUGCUACAUUUAGCACCUUUAAAAUAACAGUACAAUCAAACGAUGAAUCUAAAGUAGGAGAUUAUUAUAUCUAUGUCAAAGUAACUAUAAAUAAUGGAUAAACAUUUACUGGAUCGUUCAAAUUAACAGUAAAAUCAUAAUGUACAACAGUUACUAUUACCAAGAAGGCAAUCUCAACUUAGACUUACUAUGUAUCUCAGCCAUAUCUUUCAUUUUAAUACACAGCUUUUGAUAUCACUCCUAGUACAAGCAGUUGUACAAUAACUUAUACAUUAACUUUAAGUGAUGGUUCUGCUAUUGAUAGUUCUUUCAUACGAACUUUUGAACCUUCAAAUCGAACAAUUAUUGUUUAUACAUAAGAUGAAUCAAAAGCCUAAAUUAGCUCGUACAGUUUGAAACUAACAGGAUAUUUAACAAAUUACCCUACAACGACAUAAUCUUAAUCAUUUAGCCUCGAUAUAAAAAGUUGUUAUUAAGACUCAAUAAAUAUUAGUCCUUCUAUAACUGAUAAGUCUCAUUUAGCUAAACCAACAGUUACUACCACUACUACUUUGGUAACUAUCACAUCUACAUAAAGUUUGUCUGGGAUUUGUCCAUAAGUUACUUACACUUUAGUAGGGGUCGGCUCUUUGAAUAAUGAAAUUGUGGCUGAUUAAAUUUUUACUCUUAGUUCUAAUAUUUUAACUGUUACUACUGUUGAUACAUCUAAGAUUGGUGUUUACAAGUUGAAAGUUUAUGCUAUUACAAAAUGGGAGACAACCACAUAUACAUCUGUCUAUAAUACUUUUACAGUUACUAUAUCUAGCUAUUGUGACUCUGCUGUAAUUACUACAAAUACACCAGCAGAAUAGGAUUACUAUAUUUCCUCAAAUUCGAAAACUUUUACAUUUAUCGCAUGGACUAGCACACUUUCUGCUAGUGACUCCUCAACAAAUGAUAUGGCUCUUUUAUCACCUUCAUCUGCUUAUUCAAUUGCUCUUACUGGCACAUUAUCAUAAACAAAGUUUUCAAUAGUAAAUUUCAAUAUUGUCUUUAAAUCUCCAUGUGAAACAGCAACUAUAUCUGUUGGUGCCUCUGUAAUUUCAGAUUAGACUUACAAGUUGAACUCUAUAUAAGAUCCUAACCCUUACUAUUUUGAUGAUUUUAUUAGCUCUAUCUCCUCUAGCUAUAUUCUAACAUACUGUGGAACUUUGACCUAUACAUUCAAAGAUGCUUCAGGGAAUGAUUUGGACUCUUUAAUUUUUACUACAUCAAGCAGUUCAAGAUCUAUUACUGUUUUCACAGAUUCAGAAAUCAACCUAUCAAAUUCCCCUUAUUUAGUAGUAGUAAAGGGUUAUUAUAGCAAUUACAUUCAGCAAUUUGCAACAUUUAAAUUCAAAGUAAAUCUUUAAAAGGACUGCUAUUAUCAAAGAGCGACCGCUCCAGCCACUCAACUUGUAACAUACAUGCUUUCAGAAUCAGAGAAAGAAAUAGACCCUGGCUCAUUUACGUUACUAUUUUCUACAGGCUGUCCAUUAUUCUACACUUACAUCUGCGAAUUACAGUUAGAUAAUAGCGCAUGUCCUUCGAUGAAUUCAUUUAUUAAAAGUUUUGAAAGUUCAACUGGUAAAUUUAAGAUUUAAUCCGAUAAUGCAGCCACAGGGAAUUAUUUGAUUAAGAUAAGCGGGUAAGUUGCUAGCACCUAGGAUUCAGGUACUUAUACUUCCCCUAUAUUGAUAAUAACUCUUACAAUUGUUCCUGCCAGUUGUAUCUUAGAAGUCCCUACUACCACUAUAGGGUCUUUUAAGAUAUAUAGUAUUGGAUCAACUUUAGACAUACCUUAUCAAGAAUUCAAUGUAGCAACUGGCUCAUGCGAUACUUAAUAUACCUUAUAUUAAGAUUCUUGCACAGGCACGUAAAUUGAAGCAGGAAGUGGAGCAAUUCUAGAGCCAGUUGUGACAUUAGAUCCAACUAAUAAAAAGAUAACUGCUACCUAAACAUUUACUUUAAGAAUAUCGGCCUGUUCUAUUAUUGCUCUUGAUCCGAGUUCUUAAGAUACUCAGACUAAUACUCUAGCAACUUAAACUUAUUUCAUAAAUUAAGGAACUAAGGAUAUAACUUUCAAUGCAUUCACAGAAACCACAACAACAGGAAGCUCAUGUGGUUUUCAAAUAGCAUACUCAAUUUAAGUUUUAGGAUACCUUACACCACCUUCAUUUUUAACGUUAAUCACUACUACAGAUCCCCUAAAUUUACAAGUACUCUCAACCUCAAAAUAAGAUUGUAAGAAAAACCCAUAUUUAAUAAUAAUAACUGCUUCUGUGAAUAAUCCUGGAAUUGAAAGCGCAAUCACAAGUAUUCUUACAAUCCCAUUACUGAUAACACAAUUAAAUCUUGCUGCUCCAAAGUUCAUCCCUGAAUUAUAAGAUAUUUCAAUGAAAGUUGGAGAAACAACUUAACUUGUGUUUUCCGAUCCUAUAGAUACUGAUGGAGAUGUAGUUUCAGUGAGUGACCCCAAAUUCGGACAAGCUGCUUUUAUCUCUGGGAGUUAUCCAAAUUUUUAAUUGAAACCAAAAUUCUCUGAUCUCGGAGAGUAUAAAGUCUAAGUAACUGUCACUGACGAUAAUAUGAAUCCAUUAUCUGGAACUUACACAUUCUAAAUUACUGUCACAAAAACUGCAUCAGAAACUGUUGAUUCAACUUCUGAUUAGGAAAAUAACAUAAAUAUAGGAUCAAUACCAGUAAAAAAGAAUAUAAUUAAGGAUAAAAAAUCGAUAAAAUUAAAAGCAGAAAUAAGAUCUAUUUCAAUUAAAGGACUUGUUAAUGUUUAAUUUAGCACCAAUGUAAUAAUUCCUGCUGAUUAUAAAAAUUUCGACUCAAAGGUUAUGCUUAUCUAGAUUAAAGAUGAUGAAGGUAAAAUUGAUAAAAGAAUAAAUUACACCUGGAAUUACUUAAAUAAAUUACAAAUUACAUUUUUGUAUAAUGGCUUCUUCCUUGAAAAGCAAUCUGGGCUUCCAAUAUCUUACUCAUAUUAGAUUCAAAGAAAUGUACCUAAAUAAUUAAGGACAGAUAGUGCAACUGCAGCUCUAGCAUCAAAUGGAGGCUCUGGAGUGAGUACUUUAAGCUCAUUUAUGUAUGGCUCACUAGCCUUUAAUAUUGUUAUCCUUCUUAUGGAUAUGGCUAAUUUUGAUAUCCUUCCUUCAUAGGAUAUACAAUCUAAUGUUUUUGAAUUUGAAGAUUCAACUACUCCCGAGGUUAAAAGAAUUUAUGAUUUUUUUGCUAAAAGGCUUUUGUUUAAUACUCCUAUAAGAAUGUUCUUGGAGGGAUUUAUGUCUUUUUUUAUUAAUUCUUGCCUUAACUUAUAUGUUCUCAAAUGGGACAGUAAUAGUGAGAGAUUUGCGUCUGUGCUAGCUAUUAUGUUAGUUUGUACAAGUUUUACAUUUCCAUUUAUGAUAAUGGGAUUACUUAUCCCAAAAUACAAAAAUCUAUAGGAAAUGAAAGUAUAAAAUUCUUAUGGAGCACUUUAUGCUGAUAUUAGGACGAAUGCAAAAUCUCCAUUAUUUUUCAAUGUUAUAUACAUGGGUAGAAGAAUUAUAUUUGCUGGAGUUGCUAUCAUUGGCUAAGACUAUCCCUUCUUUCAAAUCUAAGCAUUAAUAUUUCAUUGCAUUUUUGUAAUAAUCUAUUUGGUUUCUACCAAACCAUUUUAAAAACCUUUAAAUAAUUUCUUGGAGAUUAUUAAUGAAAUUUGCAUCAUUGGUGCUGCCUAUCAUCUUUUAAUACUUACUGAUUAUAAUCCAGAUGAUGACUUACAGUAUAUGGCAGGUUGGUCACUAAUUAUUAUAACAGUUUUCAACAUGUUGAUCAAUAUAUCAGUAAUGAUUACACUUUCAGCAGUGGAUCUUGUAUAAAUAGUAAAUAAGGAUAAUGAUAAAUUUCAAGAGGAAUUAUUAAGUAAUUUUGAAAAAACAAACUUAAAUGCUACAGCUUACCAAGAGGGUAAUUCAAUAUUCAUUUUAUAAACAGCUAAUGACUUCUUACCAAGAUAAGUGGAAAAUAGUACAAAAAGAAAAAAAAGAAAGAUCCCCAACCCUAAAAUGGCGAGAAGAGAUUCAAUAAAUUUUAUGGAAAAUACAAAUGAUAAUUUAAUUGGAAAGCUAAUAAGUCCACAUGAAUACAAAGAAAAUGAGAAAGAGGAUUAUGAUCCUUUAGCCUAGUAUUAGAAUGCAGAAAGAGAAGAAUAUAAGCUAGAUGAUUUUUAAGAAACUGAAGGGGCUCCAAAAGAGGAUUAAGAAUUAGAUGCAGAAAUAUUUUAAAUCUACCAAAAGAAAUAAGAAUGCUUGAAGUAAAAAUAUAAGUAAUUAAGUCUCGAAUUAGAACAAAUUCAAAAAUAUGACACGCCUUAAAACAGAAGAAAGCGAAAUAAUUAAUAGAUUAUAACAGUUAAAAUUAAUGAACCUGAGGGAUCACCUACUAGAUAAAUUCAAGACGACUUGAUUAUGAAUAUCAAUUUGAAUAGCGUAAAUUAUGAGACAUCAGAGACAAAUUUUUCUAUAAGCAAGUAAUCCAGAAAUCACUCUCUCAAUACACACGGCAAAAAAGCUAAAAGUAACAACACGGUAAAUGUAUUAAAUUCAAAGAAAAGUAGAUUUAAUAAUAAAAAUAGAACACCUAAGAUUAACACAAAUUAAGAUAAGCUAGAUGAAAUAAUAGUAGAAAGUCUUGAUUUAGAGUAAAAUUCUGAUAUAAUGACGCUAGCCGCUCUUAAUCUCUAAAGAAAUACCUUUUAGACAAAUAAAAAUGCUAAUUAAAAUCUUGAUUAUUAGGUUACUUCCUCUCUAGAGGUUCAUAAUGGUCAUUUAGAGUAAAUAAGAUAAGAAAAUCCUUGGGAUACUACCAAGUAGAGUGAUACUUAAAAAAUAUUUAAGAGCGUUAAGAAAAGAUUGAGAAUGAAAGCUACAUUAUGA